CCGGACAGAGACAGGAACUACAGUUGCAUCCGCCGGCAUCUGUCCGAUUCUGUGGCGCGCCGUCCCUUCGUCCCUUCGUCGUCUUCGUCGAAACUUCCUCGCACGCCCGCGAUCGGGCCCCCACCCACUGCGACCCACCUUCCUCACUCUCUCUGCUUUCCGCUCCUCUCACUCCCUCCCUCCUCAUUGCCUCAAGCUUCGACUCCCCCUUCUUCUUCUUCUUCGUCUGCGUCGUCGUCGUCGUCGACCCACGAACCAAGAACCUCGCGGGUGUCUCUCCGAUGGCUGCGGCGUCCGCCCCGUCGCCGGCGAGUCUCGAGCUCCGGCCGCUCGGCGGCACGGGGCUGAAGGUGAGCUGCGUCGGCUUCGGCGCGUCCCCUCUCGGCAGGGUCUUCGGCCCCGUCUCCGAGGACGAGGCCGCCGCCUCCGUCCGCGAAGCUUUCCGCCUCGGCAUCAACUUCUUCGACACCUCCCCGUACUAUGGAGGAACGUUGUCAGAGAAGAUGCUGGGGAUGGCACUUAAAGCUUCAGGUGUACCAAGAGAUCAGUAUGUUGUCUCGACGAAAUGUGGACGUUACAAAGAGGGCUUUGACUUUAGUGCGGAGAGAGUGACAAGGAGCAUUGAUGAGAGUUUAGAAAGAUUGCAACUUGAUUAUGUAGAUAUACUUCAAUGCCAUGAUAUCGAAUUUGGCUCCCUAGAUCAGAUUGUCAAUGAGACUAUUCCUGCACUUCUGAAACUGAAGGAAACCGGAAAGAUCCGUUUCAUUGGCAUUACUGGAUUACCAUUGGGAAUCUUCACAUAUGUGCUUGAUCGUGUGCCACCAGGUUCAGUCGACGUAGUCCUUUCUUACUGCCACUUCAGUAUCAACGACAAUACCUUGGAAGAUUUGCUGCCAUACUUGAAGAGCAAAGGUGUUGGUAUAAUAAGUGCCUCACCCCUAGCAAUGGGGCUUCUUACCGAGAGUGGUCCACCAGAGUGGCAUCCAGCUCCCCCUGAGCUAAAGUCUGCAUGUCAAGAUGCUGCGGCCUUUUGCCAGAAGAAAGGGAAGAACAUCUCAAAGUUAGCUAUGCAAUACAGCUUGACAAACAAGGAUAUUUCCUCGGUGCUGGUUGGCAUGAACUCCGUCAAACAGGUCGAGGAGAAUGUCGCCGCUGCAACGGAGCUGGCGUCCGUGGGAAUGGAUCAAGAAACACUGUCCGAGGUCGAAGCCAUCCUCAAGCCGGUGAAGAACCUGACGUGGCCGAGCGGGAUCCAGCAGAGCUAAUAAGUUCACAUCAUUCCAGAUGUUAUGAUGUGUUUGUAUUGAUGUAUUCACUUAUCCCAUUUCCUGUCUUGUGAACUUGUCAUCAUGAAAUAUGUUUGCUUCAAA